GUUAAUUUCAAUAUUUUCAAAGGUGAAUUAGAGCAAUGCGUCAAAAACCAUAAAAAGUGCCGGUCUACGGACGGAGUCAAAACGGAAGAAGCCAAGGGUCUUUGUGUCAUUGAUGUCAGAACGGGAAAAGUCUGCGAAGCUCCGUCAAAUUGCGAAUACGUUGCUUUAUCCUACGUUUGGGGCGAUUAUCCUCAGGGUACCUCAAAAUUCCUACCUGUCGUCCAAGAUGCCAUCACUGCCACCAAGGAACUUCAUUACGGGUACCUAUGGGUUGAUCAAUACGUAAGUCGCCGUGCUAUAGCAACAUACAAUUCAUCCGUACCGGUGGCUAAUUGAAGUUUAGUGCAUUAAGCAAAGCUCCCAGCAUAUGGACUUGAUGGUCAAGCAUAUGGACCAGAUCUAUUCCAACGCCCAGUUAACGAUAAUCGCAGCUUUCGGCAGCAGCGCUCGUGAUCACUUGCCGGGGAUCGGUGACAAGCCAGUACGCUGUCAACGCCGCGCAGUAAUUGGCGAGACCUGCCUGAUCGAGAUAUCUAACGUCGGACCGGACACCGUCAAAUCUAGCAAGUGGGCUACUCGAGGGUGGACUUUUCAAGAGGGGUAUCUGUCCAAAAGAAGACUCGUCUUCACCGAUAAUGAAGUACUGUUUCUUUGCAAUGAGAGAUUGAGGAAGGAGACAGAGACGUCAAACAGUACAAACCUGAAUGAAUUCCAUUCCUGGGUGGUGCCUUGGGAAAGUGAUUCGCUUUGGCCGCACAUCAAAGAGUAUAGCAAACGAGAUUUAUCUAAAGAUAGUGAUGGUCUUAAUGCCUUUCUUGGCGUAGUGAAGUACUACCAAUUGAACAAGGACCGCGCCAAGGGGCAGAUAUCCCACAUCCGGGGAAUCCCGUUGCGGAUGAUUGAGGGACAGUUGCGUUUUGACUUCCUAUGGAGACAUCCUUCUAUCGCUCGUCGAAGGGACUGUUUGCCUAGCUGGUCUUGGUCGGGCUGGGGUGGUGUGUGCGAGAUCUUCUCUUGCGAAUAUGAUCAAUUGCACACUCAGCCCCCUCCGACAGAAGAACACGCUGCGAAGACUGAGAACCCCGUAGUCGAACGCAUUGUCCGUAUACAUAUUCCACGUAGGAACGGAACUGUUGAUCUGCACACUAUCAUCCAGGAACACCAGGCGGGUACGUUUCGUGAUACGGAUCAAAAAGAGUUACGAAUUACCUCAUUCGUUAUUCCAUUAAGGUUUCGUACAGUCAAUACUUCCCAGAUGUAUUUUCCACACCUGAAUGGCUCGCCGCCCCGGGGGCCAAAGACCGUUCUGACGUUCGGUGUCAAGCCGGAUGUCUUCCUCAGCUGCCCUGUGUACUUCGAUAAAGAGUAUAAUCCCAGUGUUCACAAGGAGGGGCUGGUGUUACCAAGGAAAGGCAAAUUCUACGAGAAAUGCGAAGAUUAUACCAUUAUCGUCCUUGAACCAACGGCGGACGGAAAAUAUGAGCGAGCAGGAAUCCUGAGACUAAAUUAUAAGGCGAAAUAUAAGUCAGACAGGCCGGGCAGCGGUGUGGUGGGUCGUCUCGUUGGUGAGCAAGCGAGUGAUAGUUGGGCGGUUUACUUGGAUAACGGCGGCGGAGUUCGAGGCUAUCCGAGGAGCUACGUGCAAUAUGGGGUUCCAAACGACUAUUUCUUUCUUGGAGGCUCAGAAUGGAAAACUAUAUGUUUGGUUUAGAGCAGCAUACGAAGCAAGCCAUAGGCGUUCACGUUAUUAAGGCCAACGAGGGCGAACUCUAGUAAUUAGGUACCUACAUAGGUAGAAAAUAAAUGACUAGC